UAUACACCCUUCGCCAAAUUCCCUCCUCUCCUCCCCACCACCACCACCACCACCACCACCGUCGACUGACAUCCCUCUCGUGGCUUCAAUUCCUCCCAGCAUGUGACCAAUGGCUUUCCACCAUUUCAACAGGAAGCAGAGGCUUCUGCUGACCACCUACGCCAUCCUCUUCUCAUUCCUCCUCCUCCUUUGCCGCUUCUGGUCCCUCCGCGACCCGGGCUCCCUCUUCUUCGAAUCCACCGAAGGCUAUCGCCCCAAAUACAGCCUGACCCGCAUCCAGGAAUCGCUCGACUACCUGUCCGUCUACAACCAGACCGGUAUCAGCUACCCCUACCCGCCCAGCGACUACCAGCCGCCGAAGGACAAGACCGCCUGCGUGGGGAUCGUGACGGUGAAACGGCCGCUGCAGCAGAAUCUCGGCACGACGGUCGCCUCGAUCCAGGACACGCUGACGCCGGAGCAGCGGCGCGCGCUGAACAUCCAGGUGCUGUUCGCGCUCAGCGAUCCCGCCGACCACCCGGACUACAACCAGACGUGGCUGUCGACGAUCGUGGACCAGGUGCUCACGUACGAGACGGUGGACGCGCCGCACGUGACGAUCGCCCGCCUCGAGAAGCAGAAGGACAUCAAGCGCAAGUCGCUGCUGGACUACCGCCUGGGCCUGCAGGCCUGCUACGACCGCAGCGACGCCCCCUGGAUCAUCAUGCUGGAGGACGACGUGGUCGCCCAGCGCAACUGGUACGAGCACACCAUGCAGAGCGUGCGCCGCAUCGAGGACGGCCGCCAGCGCGGCCUCCUCCCCACGGACUGGCUGUACGUGCGCCUGUUCUACACGGAGAAGUUCCUGGGCUGGAACUCGGAGAGCUGGCCCGUCUACCUCUUCUGGAGCGCGGUGACCGUCGCCUGCGUCGCCUGGGUGGCCCUCGUCACCCGUCGCAAGGUUCGCGCUACCCAGGGCGUGCUCACCAAUCCUUUUCUUCUGGUGGUCUGCUUCCUCUGCGUCCCCGCCCUCAUCGGCCUCUUUUUCAUGACCGGCCGCGUCACCUGGUUCCCGAUGGAGCCCGGCGUGCACGUCAUGAACGCGCACGGCUGCUGCUCCCAGGCCCUGCUCUACAACCGGGCCCACGUGCCGGAACUCCUGCGGUAUCUGGCCGAACGGGAGGACAAAGUCCCCACCAAGGCGGUGGACAGCGUCAUCGAGAUGCUCGCCGGGAAGGAAGGGCUGGAUCGGCUAGCCAUCUCUCCCUCGCAGAUGCAGCAUGUCGGCGCCGUCUCGUACAAGGAGAAGAAGAAGACGUGGAAGUGGGAAGGCCCGUAUCGUGUCAAGGGCGCCCACGGUGUCUGGAGCAUAGGCUUCGAGGAGGCAUAUACACGAGACUCGUAUCGGUGGUUCGAUAUGUGAUACACCCAUAACCACCUUCCCGCUUGAUGGAAGGUGUUCACCAACCAAAACAAAAAGAGUAUGGUCAAAUGCAAGCAUGGAGGAAGC